UUCGCUUUUAGCUUUAUCUAUAUGACGUGCAUUUUACUGUUUUUAUUGGAAAUCAUGGAAAAGAUGGAAGCAAAUUUAAGCUGCCAACUUAAAGUGACGUCAGAUUUUAUUUUUCUUGUGAGAGAUUUGAUUGGGUAACUGAUUCAAAUUGACGUCAAAUAUUUAAUUCGUCACGACCGCGUGAAAAACCACUGGCAACAGCGAAUAUAUAGACCAAACAAGUCUGGACUUCACUACAGCUACACAAAAGCCUUCGGUUACUUAAACUUGAUAAAUAAUAUUGAAAAUGGGUUGUGCAUCCUCAGUCUGCUCAAAACAAGCAACAACAGUUGAGGGUUCCAAACCAGUUGAAAAACAAGCUGGAGGGAACACGAAAGGCCCGGUACAAACAAAAGCUCAACCUAAAUCGAACAGUGCCGCUGUGAAAGUCGCUGACAAAAAGGUCGUGGUCAAUUUUAUUAAGAAUGAUCCAGAAGCUAACUUUCCUGAUUUUAGCAAGCACAGCAACUACAUGGCUAAAUGUCUGACACUACCUUUGUAUAAAAAACUUCAUAACUUGAAGACUUGCAACGGUGUGACGUUGGAUCAAGUCAUUCAAACUGGUGUAGACAACCCAGGGCAUCCUUUUAUUUAUACCGUGGGUUGCGUAGCUGGAGACGAGGAGACAUACUCUGUGUUUGCAGAGUUGCUGGAUGACGUUAUUUUCCACCGUCAUAACGGCUACUCAAAGACGGCAAAACACGCCACUGAUCUCGAUCCUGAUCAUUUGAUUGGUGGAGACGAUUUAGAUCCGUCAUACGUUCUUUCGUGUCGUGUUCGCACAGGACGAAGUAUCCGUGGCUUAACUCUCCCACCUGUGUGUACCAGAGCUGAAAGAAAAGCAGUCGAGAAAAUCUUAAUAGAAGCUCUAGACAGUUUGGACGGGAAAUUUAAAGGAAACUACUAUCCACUUACUGGUAUGACAGAAGAAGUUCAAGACAAGCUCAUCGAAGAUCACUUUUUGUUCGACAAGCCUGUGUCACCUUUGCUUACAUCUGCUGGCAUGGCGCGUGAUUGGCCUGAAGCAAGAGGAAUCUGGCAUAACGAAGACAAAAACUUUCUUGUCUGGGUAAACGAGGAAGACCAUUCACGAGUCAUCUCGAUGGAGAAAGGAGGAAAUAUGCGCUCUGUGUUUCAAAGAUUUUGCGAAGGCUUAAACAAAGUUGAAUCGCUGAUAAAAUCUAAGGGUCACGACUUCAUGUGGAAUAAUCAUCUUGGUUACAUACUUACAUGUCCCUCUAAUCUCGGUACCGGUUUGCGGGCAGGAGUGCAUGUUAAGAUCCCAUUGUUGUCAAAAACAUCACAUUUUGAUGACGUUCUACUCGCUUAUCGCUUGCAAAAGAGAGGCACAGGUGGUGUGGAUACAAUGAGUACCGAUGGUACAUUUGACAUUUCAAAUCUAGAUCGACUGGGUUUUUCGGAAGUACAACUUGUUCAAAAUGUCAUUAAUGGUGUGAGAUGCUUAGUUGAUUUGGAAAAGGCUUUGGAACAAAACGAAAACAUUGAAGAUUUAGUAAAAGCCGCUCAGCUAAAAACAACUGGUGCGAAAAAUGUCAGCGGUAUCAACUUACCCGAUUUAUCAAAACACAACAAUUGGAUGUCUAAAUGUUUGACACCGGAAAUAUAUGCUAAAUAUUUUAACGUGAAAACACCUAGCGGGUUUGGAAUUGAUCAAGCUAUUCAAACAGGUGUUGACAACCCAGGGCAUCCUUUCAUAAUGACGGUUGGCUGUGUAGCCGGUGACGAAGAAACCUACAAAACGUUUGCCGAUCUCUUUGAUCCAGUUAUCAAUAAUCGGUUUAACGGAUUUAAGAAAACGGAUAUGCAUAAAACCGACUUAUCGCCUGAAAAGUUAAAAGGGGGUGAUAAUUUGGACCCGAAGUAUGUGUUAUCAUCUCGUGUUCGAACAGGGCGUAGCAUUCGUGGAUUGUGCUUGCCGCCUUGGUGUACCCGUGCGGAACGAAAACAGGUUGAGAAAAUUGUGGUACAAGCCCUUGGGAAUUUGUCUGGCAAAUUAAAAGGAAAAUAUUACUCGCUUGAAACAAUGACUGAGGCGGAUCAACAAAAGCUUAUCGAUGACCACUUUCUCUUCGACAAACCUGUCUCGCCUUUACUGACAUCAUCAGGCAUGGCACGUGACUGGCCGGAAGCACGUGGGAUCUGGCAUAACGAUGACAAGAACUUUCUAGUUUGGGUAAAUGAGGAAGACCAUAUGCGUUUGAUUUCAAUGGAAAAGGGAGGAAACAUGAAAGCAGUGUUUGAAAGGUUUUGUGAUGGCCUCAACAAAGUUGAAAAAUUGAUGAAACAAGACGGCCAUGAGUUCAUGUGGAAUGAACAUUUAGGUUACAUUCUAACUUGUCCAUCCAAUUUGGGAACAGGCAUGAGAGCCGGUGUGCAUGUUAAAAUACCAUUAUUGAGCAAGCAUCCGAAGUUUGAUUCCAUGUUGGACGAGAUGCGGCUACAGAAAAGAGGAACAGGCGGUGUAGAUACUGCAAGUACAGACGGCACUUUUGAUAUUUCCAACUCGGAUCGACUUGGAUACUCAGAAGUUGAAUUGAUGCAAAUAGUGGUAGACGGUGUUACAAAACUUGUCGAAAUGGAAAAAAAAUUGGAACAAAAUGAACCCAUUGACGCAUCUGCGAAGACUGACGGCAAAAAAAUUGAUGUAGAUAAUUUUCCGGAGUUAUCAAAGCAUAAUAAUUGGAUGAGCAAAGUUUUAACAAAAGAUAUGUACGAACGAAUGAGUAAAGUUAAACCUAAGAGUGGAUAUUCUUUUGAUCGAAUCAUUCAAACUGGUGUUGAUAACCCAGGGCAUCCAUUUAUUUUUACCGUGGGUUGUGUAGCCUUGGAUGAAGAUUCAUACUCAGAUUUCAAAGAGUUUUUUGAUGAAGUCAUUCGUGGAAGACAUGGAGGAUAUGCUCCCGAUGCUAAGCAUAAAACAGAUCUCAAUCCUGGUCAUCUUAAAGGAGGAAGUUUUGAUCCCGACUUUGUGCUGUCGUGUCGUGUUAGAACUGGUCGAAGCAUACGAGGUCUUGCUCUGCCACCGCAUUGCACAAGAGCUGAACGAAGAAAGGUCGAGACUAUUGUAACUGACGGUCUGGCGUCUCUUACUGGUGAUUUCAAAGGCAAAUAUUAUCCCCUCGCUGGUAUGACAGAAGAAGUUCAAGACAAACUAAUCGAAGAUCACUUUUUGUUUGACAAGCCUGUGUCACCUUUGCUUACAUCGUCUGGCAUGGCACGAGAUUGGCCAGAUGCGAGAGGAAUCUGGCACAACAAUGACAAAAACUUUCUUGUCUGGGUAAACGAGGAAGACCACAUUCGCGUCAUUUCGAUGGAAAAAGGAGGAGACAUGAAGGCUGUGUUCAAUCGAUUUUGCACCGGUCUUUCUCUCUUUGAGCAAAGCAUUAAAGAGAGUAACAAUGAGUUUAUGUGGAACGAACAUCUUGGAUACAUAUUAACAUGUCCGUCUAAUUUAGGUACUGGCAUUCGUGCAGGUGUCCACGUGAAGUUACCAUUGCUGUCAGAAGAUAAAAGAUUUGAUCAGAUGCUUAAAAAAAUGAGAUUGCAAAAACGAGGUACUGGAGGUGUGGACACAGCUUCGUCGAAUGGAACAUUUGAUAUAUCCAAUUCGGAUCGUUUGGGUUUCUCCGAAGUCGAGCUUGUUCAGGUGGUAGUUGAUGGAGUUAAUUUGUUGGUAGACAUGGAAAAGAAACUUAUGGCUGGUGAAAGCAUUGAUAAUUUGGUGCCAAAAUAAAUCUCUUAAUUUUGUUUCGUAUAACAUAUGUAAAACUGGAAAAAUAAUAGCUUAACGAGA